AUGGAAUUGAGCUUUGAUAAAAUACUUCUAUUUGGCGAUUCGAUAACUCAACAUGGAUUUGAUCAAAGUUCAGGUUUUGUAUUUGGAUCAGCCUUGCAGGAAGGUAUGUAA